AUGGCUAACCUCUCCGACCUGACAUCAUGGGCUGUCCCGAGGCUCUCCAAUCUGCUUCCGCUUCCUGAGGAUGAACUCCGACAGGUGGUAUCGUAUGCCGCGACUUCACCAGAUCUCUCGAACCCAUCUGCUAUUGCCACCCACUUCACCGAUCUCCUCGGCUCUUCUCCAGGAUGUUUAUCCUUUAUCGAGGAGUUCAAUAGACGGAGAUUUCCAGCUGCUCCAUCGGCUUCUAAACCGCGACAAUCGAGUACGCGAAAUGAUUCCGAUGCUCCUCCAAGGUCGAACCGCAAGGGAACCAAGAAGAAAGAACCUCUAAGCAAGCUACCACCAGUCCGAAAAAUAGAGAAUAAUUUCUCGGGGAGCUCUGAGAAUUUAGCAGGAAAGGUGUACAAGAAGGAGGAUUUAGACGAUUACAUGUCAACAUCAAGAAAGAAGAUGGCUUCUAAUUCGAACCCUACAUCGAAGCCGACGUCCCAAACGCCGUCUCGAUCAACUACCCCAAACCCACCAAUGGGAACUUCAACGACUUCUACAUCCACGUCUACCGCCCCAGUUACCCACCAGUCCCAGAAGCAACCGGCGCAGCAGGGUAUGCUAACCUCCGACCUUUUAAACAAGAAGAAAGCUUCGAAACCGAAGCCUACAACUGUAUCCGUCCCAGCAAAUACCACAAUGCGGGCUCCGUCUUCUACUUUAUCAGAUGUUUCUUCUGCUCUUCGAUCUCUGGAACUACAAACAAAUCCAACUCUUACCAAUACGCACACUCUCCCCGUCGAAAAGCGCCGCUGCAAUUGCUCUGGCCGAAAGCACGAGCUUCUCCUCGCGGCCCCUAAUUGCCUUCAUUGUGGAAAGAUAAUUUGCAUCAAAGAAGGCCUGGCACUUUGUACUUUCUGUGGUCAUGACCUUAUCUCGUCCGAGGAUAUGGAAGCCAUGCGUCGCAUUCUUCGUGACGAGCAAAGCAAAGAGAAAAUGAAUGCGCAUAAUGCUGGACAUAGAAAAGCUGAAACAACGAAGACUACAGCCGUAUACGCAAGUAAAGUCAAUCCUUCAGCUGGGGGUGUUAAUCAUCUUUCUGGUCCAACACCUGCACUAUCUGCAUCAGGAUCGUCAGCUGCGCUAGCUAGUGCUAUGGAACAGAGGGAUAAGCUCCUAGGGUUCCAAAGCUCGUCAGCUAAAAGGACAAGGAUCAUUGACCAGGCGGCUGACUGGGAGACACCCGAUUCUGGUGUAAAUAUGUGGGCAACACCACAAGAGAGAGCAUUACAACUACGAGAACAGCAAAGAAAGAUGAGAGAGCUUGAAUGGGAGAAUAGAGACGAGUGGGAAAAGAGAUCAGUAGUUGUUUCUAUUGAUCUGAAAGGAAAAAGGGUUGAGAGGCGGAUGGGUGCCAUUGAGAAGCCAAAGUUUGAAGUCGAGGCUGAGAAAGAAGAAGAUGAGGAGGUGAUACCUUUUAUAGCUGCAACCGGCGGUGGAACAUUCUCAAAAAACCCAUUGUUGGUAAAGGGCCUAAUCAAGCCUGUUUGGAAACCACACAAUAAUACAAAAAAUGCCGAAGACGACAAUAUUGAGUCUAGUGACGAUUUAGGGCAAUGGGGAAAGAAAAUAAGAAGUGGCUGGAGGGUCGUACAAGACGAUAUGAAUGACAAUGAAGCUCUGAUCUUGGAUGGUGGGCGUCUAGGCGGGGAGACUACCAAUGAAGAAAGGGGUACGGAGACAAGUUGUGGUUGA